AUGCCCGGCCCACAGCGCUCACGGCGCUCGCCUGCGCAUCUCAAUAGAUUACCCACGGAAAUGGUCCAGAAGAUCGCUGGCUAUCUCGACCGCCCGUCCCUCCUAUCGCUGCGCUCCACCUCACGUUCACUGCGCGCAAAGUCUCACUACACAUUUGGCGAGCAUUUCUUUCGGACGCUGAAGUUCUGUCUGCAUCCGUACAGCCUGCAAUCGCUCUCCGACAUCUCCGACAACCCACAUCUCGCAAAGCAUGUCCGCCAUGUGGCAUUCAGCACCGACUGGGUCGGUCUCAUUGAUCCGCUUCACGAUGCAGAGGUCAAACAGGCUGCCGAGAAAGGAAAGAACACCUCAGGGCAUUCAAAGCUUGGUAUCCGUCCUAUGAGUAUGAAUGAGCUAUACGCUUCGCGAGAACGCGUGGAUGCAUUGCGGAUCGCGCAGGCGCUGGGAAAGCUGCCCAAGCUCGAGCUAGUCCUCCUGGGCGACGAGCUGGAAUUCGAUGGCGCCAGCGUACGAGAGAGUUGGGGUCAUUCCCGGUUUCGUCCUUUCAACUGCCCCUUCGGUUACUGCAAGCCAGAUGUUCGGUUCGGAUCCCUUCCCACGGUGUUUGUCAUGAUCGCCAUGGCCCUGGAGCAAUUACCGCGUCGCAAUAUCGACAUAUGCCUAAGCAUCGGCGAUAAGGAUCGAUCGUUCCUCACUGAUAUUCAUACGCCACCCACGUGGUACACUAAGAAACUCCACAAGAGUAUUACAAUGCUCCAGCUCCAGAUACCCCAUGAGCCUGGGUUGGACUAUGUUGAAUACCUCAGCACGACCCUCAAGCCUCUUUGCCACGGUGCUACUAUCCAACAACUGAGCGUCAAAGUCGAGCCGGGUAUACCUGGACUGAAUCUUCCACCUCUUGUGGGCCGUGACCCACGCCUCGAUGGACUGCCCUUACAACACCUCAAGAAGCUUACACUGGAGAAACUGCAGACACGCUCGGGCCUUCUCAUCGAACUGCUACAGUGCCAUCAACACCGCCUUACUCACCUCUCCCUCAUAAAAUGCUCUUUGCAUUCGGAAGGUCCGAUAUUCAUCAACGGCAUGCCCAUGAAUCCGGCCCACCCGAGUGUGCUGGAAGACCUACGCUGGCACCGCGUAAUCGUCGAACUGCAGAAGAUGGAGAAUCUCUCGUACCUGCGACUUUCGCGCUUGGGUUCAGACCCAGUCAUUCCGGACUCACUUCGCGACACCGAAGCAUACCGCCCACGCCUUGACGAGGAGAUGACGCUGAACGCAACAUGGCCCAGUAAGGAAGAUGUCACUAUAGGUCUCAACUAUCUCCACCUCACAUACCGCACCGCAAACGAAUUGCAAGUCGGCAUAUUCCCGAAUGACGGCGGUCGCCGAGAUUUCUUGAAUGUCCGCUACGCCAACUACAAAGUCGAUCCUUAUGAGUAUCGCUGGACGGAUGCAGAGGCGACGGCCUUGCGCCAUGAGCGGAAUUGCCGUAGGAAUCGUGGGCGGGACGCUCACCCGCCGACCUUUGUAGAUGACGAGCGGGAAUUUCCUACCCCUGAAGACCCUGCUGCUAAGGCGAAAGCGAAGGCGCGGAUGAACCCUCGAUAUCCCGUCAAGCCCAAGCACACGCCUGAACUGCAAGCAUCAGACUUCUCCCACAAUUUCGAGACUGCGUAUACUGGCGGGCUACAACUGCCUUCCUUCGAGACACCUCCUGCUGAAUCCGCUCACGCUCCACCCCGACCCAUGGACCCCUAUGUUCCUCUAUAUAGCCAUACUCGCUACGGACGUCCACCUUACCCAAACGCGCCGAAGGCCGACUCUGCUUCCCGGAAAACCGGCGCACCUCCAACAUCCGCCCGCCCCAGCAAUGCGCAAGAACCGGAACACCCCGGUCUUACUCUGCCGUCCGCUAAUUCCCUGCCGGAAGAAGUGUGCAUUGGCGGGCUGCUGCAAGGGCGCUGGAAGACCGUGUGGGUGAGCGCACCGCGUUCCUUGCGAGCUGAAAAGUCCUCCAAACAGUCAAAGUAG